AUGCGAAUGGCGGAGAGCAGUCCCGUGAGUGAUAGCAGCACGCCUUUGGGCUCUGAUGACGAACCGAAUGUCGCAUGCGGUCGCAGGCGGCAUCGCGUGCUGAUGGUGUGCGACUUCUUCUUCCCCAACUUCGGCGGCGUGGAGAGCCACAUCUACCUGCUCGCGCAGUGCCUGCUGCAGCGCGGCCACAAGGUGGUGGUGCUGACGCACGCGUAUGGCGACCGAGUGGGGGUGCGCUACCUCACCAACGGCCUCAAGGUCUACUACGCGCCGCGCCGCCCCGUGUGGCUGCAGGCCACGCCCCCCUCGCCACUCCCCUGCCUGUCGCUGCCGCUGUUCCGCGCCAUAGUGGAGCGCGAGCGCAUCGCCAUCGUGCACGCGCACCAGAGCUUCGCCCCCAUGUGCCACGACGCCCUCCUGCACGCCCCCACGCUCGCCCGCCGCGCCGUCUUCACUGACCACUCGCUCUGCGGCUUCGCUGACGCCGCCAGCAUCCACAUGAACAAGCUGCUGCAGUUCUCAACGGCGGGCAUCCACGCGGCCAUCUGUGUGUCGCACACGAGCAAGGAGAACACCGUGCUGCGCGCCGCGCCCUCGCUGCCGCCGCACCGCGUGGCCGUCAUCCCCAACGCCGUCGACGCCAACAACUUCCUCCCCGACCCCACCCGCUGCCCCCCGCCCCCUUUCCCUGCUGCCGCUGCCCCUGCUGCUGCCGCUGCUGCCGGGGAAGCGGUUGCUGUUGCAAGUGCUGGUGUGCGCAGUGAGAGAGGAGGGAGAGCGGCAGGGGAGGAUGGAGAAGGUGGUGGUGAGAACACAGGCGGUGCACACGAUGGGCGCGCUGCCAUGGCGUGCAGGGCUGCAGCUGGUGAGGCGACAUCGGGAGCAGAGGGCGCGGCAGAGGGGGCAGUGGGCCGCAGAGAGGCAGUGGGGGCUGGCGAGAGAGAGGAAGAGGCAGACAUGGAGGGAGGGGCGAGGGACGUGGCGGAGGCAGCAGCAGCAAGCACAGUGGCAUCCACACCACACCUGGCAGCAAGUGAGGUGGCGGGGAGGGUGGGGGCGGCAGGAGCAGGAGGGCACAGCAGCAUGGCGGUGGAGGCAGGGCGGGACGUGGCAGGCAGCACGGGGAAUGGCGUGGAGGCGAGGGAGGGGUUGGGGUUGGGGGCGGGUGGGGAGAUGGAGGUGGUGAUAGUGGUGAUCAGCCGCCUCGUGUACCGCAAGGGCGCUGACCUGCUCGUUGACGUCAUCCCCGCCGUCUGCCACCGCUUCCCCAAGGUGCGGUGGAUAAUAGGCGGGGACGGCGCCAAGAGGGGGCGGCUGGAGGAGAUGAGGGACCGCCACGGGCUGCACCACCGCGUCACCAUGCUGGGCGCCGUGCCGCACUCCCAAGUGCGCGACGUGCUCAUCCAGGGCCACAUCUUCCUCAACAGCUCGCUGACGGAGGCCUUCUGCAUCGCCAUCCUCGAGGCCGCCUGCUGCGGCCUCUUCGUCGUCGCCACGCGUGUUGGCGGCGUGCCCGAGGUGCUCCCCCCGGACAUGAUGCUGCUGGCGGACCCCAACCCGCCUGACAUCGUCAACGCCAUCGCACAGGCCAUUCAGAUCGUGCCACGUGUCAACCCCCAGGCCAUGCACGAGAGGGUGUCGCGCAUGUACAGCUGGCACGACGUGGCGGAGCGCACGGAGCGCGUGUACGACCGCGUCAUGGCCAUGCCGCUUGAUGACCUGCCCACCCGCCUCUCCAGGUACUAUGCGUGUGGGGUGGUGGCGGGCAAGCUGUUCUGCCUCGUCGUGCUGCUCAACUCGCUGCUCGCCGCCCUCCUCGCCCUCCUGCAGCCGGAGCAGCACAUGGAGGUGGCGCCUGACUUCCCCCGCAUGCCCACCGCACACCUGGCAGCGCCGCCGCCACCUGCCUCUCGUGCGCGCCCAGCGUGA